AGGAAGAGGAGUUAGUCAAAAUGGAAGGGACAUGGAAGAGGCGCUGCCGCACUUUCCCUUAUUUUUGAAUUCUCUGAAAUGUGAUAUCCCAUAGCAAUCAAAAAUUGGAAAAAAGUACUCGUAUACAUACCAAGUGUUGACCCAUUUCCUGUUCUAUCUCGAUCGCUUUCAGAUGGCGAAAAACCCAUUCGUAUUUCCCUCUACAUUUUCCGAUUCCCAAUCACCAAGACAAUCAUCGUCCUCUUCUCCGUCGCUAUCUUUUGAUUCAUAUUCUUCAUCAUCUUCUGAUCCAAGUGUAAAUUCUCCUUUUCUGUCUUCUCAUCAUCAAACUUCUCAUCAUCAAAGUCUUUCCUUACAGCUUUCCCAAACUUCUUCCAGCCGUUCCUGCCUUCCAUCUGCGGCUUUCCUCGGAUCUUGCGCCGCCCACAAAAUCCUUCGCCGGCCAUGUAACGAUAAGUGUUAUUCAGCUUCCUAUUUUCCGCCGCCGAUCUCUUCUUCCUACCCAUCUGCGCCACACAUGCUGUUAGCUCUCUCAGGUGGCGUAGCUGCUGGGUUAAACGAAAAUUCGAAUAUAAACGUUUCGGGUGGCGUUUCGGCAAGAAAACGUUUCAGGACAAAAUUUAGCCAGGACCAGAAAGAGAUAAUGUAUCAGUUUGCGGAGAGAGUUGGAUGGAAGAUGCAAAAAAGAGAUGAAGAAUUGAUUCAAGAAUUUUGCAAUGAAGUUGGGGUUGAUAAAGGAGUGUUGAAAGUGUGGAUGCAUAAUAACAAGAACACCAACACAUUUCGGCAAGAGAGACGCUAAUGGGAAAUGG